AUGCAGCUACUUGCUCUCCUCAUCGCCACAUGCGCUCCGGCUCUGGUCGCUGCAGCUCGCGGGCCAGGUGAAAUCUGUGGCCCCUAUCCCGGCGGCUUCUGUGAAGAAGGCCUUACAUGUGCCUCAUGCCGCCCUGCCAUUCCAGGCGCCCCCGGAGUGUGUGCUUUCAAGGACCCAUGGAACCGCCAUGAUGAUGACGAUGUCUGGCGCCGGUGGUAA